AUGAGCGCGAGCGAGGCGGACGGCCGGGCCGCCCCGGAGCAGACAGCCUACCACCUGCACAUCUACCCGCAGCUGUCUGCCGAGAGCCAGGCCUCCUGCCGCGUGACCGCCACCAAGGACACCACCACGUCCGACGUCAUCCGCGCCGCCAUCGCCACCUUGCGCCUGGACGGCUCCAAGCGCUACGUGCUGGUGGAGGUGAAGGAGUCGGGCGGCGAGGAGUGGGUGCUGGACGCCAAUGACUCGCCCGUGCACCGCGUGCUGCUGUGGCCGCGCCGCGCCCAGGACGAGCACCCGCGCGGCGACGGCUACUACUUCCUGCUGCAGGAGCGCAACGCCGACGGCACCAUCAAGUACCUGCACAUGCAGCUGGUGGCGCAGGCGGCGGCCGCCCGGCGCCUGGUGCAGCGCGGCUUCCUGCCCUGGCAACAGGCCGACUUCGACGACCUGUGCGACCUGCCCGAGCUGACCGAGGCCAACCUGCUGCACAACCUCAAGCGGCGCUUCCUGCAGCAGAAGAUCUACACCUACGCCGGCAGCAUCCUGGUGGCCAUCAACCCCUUCAAGUUCCUGCCCAUCUACAACCCCAAGUACGUGAAGCUGUACGAGAACCAGCAGCUGGGCCGCCUGGAGCCGCACAUCUUCGCCAUCGCCGACGCGGCGUACCACGCCAUGCUGCGCAAGCGCCUCAACCAGUGCAUCGUCAUCUCGGGCGAGAGCGGCUCCGGCAAGACGCAGAGCACCAACUUCCUCAUCCACUGCCUCACCGCGCUCAGCCAGAAGGGCUACGCCUGCGGCGUGGAGCGCACCAUCCUGGGCGCCGGGCCCGUGCUCGAGCUGGGCAGUGUCGAGUUGUGGUCUCAGGAUCGUAAAGGGCAGAUCAUGGUUCACCUGGUCUGUCUGUCCUCUGGGCUGAUCGUCUCCCUGAGCAUGGGGAGAGGCCAGUGGUUGCACGGAGAAGGCCAGCCCAGAGCGCUGACGGUCCCGGACUACGCUGUAUCCAGAGCUAUUGUCGAAAAAUACCUGCUGGAGAAAUCCCGCCUGGUCUCCCAGGAGAAGGACGAGAGGAACUACCACGUGUUCUAUUACUUGUUGCUCGGGGUCAGCAAGGAAGAGCGCCAAGAAUUCCAGCUCAAGCAACCGGAAGAUUACUUCUACCUCAACCAGCAUAACUUGAAGAUUGAGGACUCGGAGGACCUGAAGCAUGACUUCGAGCGGCUCAAACAGGCCAUGGAGAUGGUGGGCUUCCUGCCGGCCACCAAGAAACAGAUUUUCUCGGUGCUCUCAGCCAUCCUGUACCUGGGCAACGUCACCUACAAGAAGAGGCCCACAGGCCGCGACGAGGGGCUGGAGGUCGGGCCCCCAGAAGUGCUGGACACACUCUCCCAGCUCCUCAAGGUGAAGCGAGAGAUCCUGGUGGAGGUCCUCACCAAGAGAAAAGCGGUGACCGUCAACGACAAGCUCAUCUUGCCCUACAGCUUCAACGAGGCCAUCACCGCACGUGACUCCAUGGCCAAGUCCCUGUACAGCGCGCUGUUCGACUGGAUCGUGCUGCGGAUCAACCACGCCCUCCUCAACAAGCGGGACAUGGAGGAGUCUGUGUCGUGUCUGUCCAUCGGGGUCCUGGACAUCUUCGGGUUCGAGGACUUCGAGAGGAACAGCUUUGAGCAGUUCUGCAUCAACUACGCCAACGAGCAGCUGCAGUACUACUUCAACCAGCACAUCUUCAAGCUGGAGCAGGAGGAGUACCAGAGCGAGGGCAUCAGCUGGCACAACAUCGACUACACGGACAACGUGGGCUGCAUCCACCUCAUCAGCAGGAAGCCCACCGGACUCUUCUACCUGCUGGACGAGGAGAGCAGCUUCCCGCACGCCACCAGCCAGACCCUGCUGGCCAAGUUCAAGCAGCAGCACGAAGACAACAAGUACUUCCUGGGCACGCCCGUCCUGCAGCCCGCCUUCAUCAUCCAGCACUUCGCCGGCCGCGUCAAGUACCACGUCAAGGACUUCCGGGAGAAGAACAUGGACUACAUGCGGCCAGACAUCGUGGCGCUGCUGCGGGGCAGCGACAGCUCCUACGUGCGGGAGCUCAUUGGCAUGGACCCUGUGGCCGUGUUCCGCUGGGCAGUGCUGAGGGCCGCUGUGCGUGCCAUGGCUGUGCUGCGGGAGGCUGGGCGGCUGCGCGCCGAGAGGGCCGAGAAGGCCGAGAAGGCUGCAGGCACAGGCAGCACCAGCGUCCGGAACACCCCAGGAGAAACCCCGAGAACGGCCAGCACCCCAUCAGAAAAGCUGUACCGAGAUUUGCAUGACCAAAUCAUCAAGACCAUCAAGGGGCUGCCCUGGCAGGGCGAGGACCCCCGGCGGCUGCUCCAGUCCCUCAGCCGGUUCCAGAAACCCAGGGCCUUCAUCCCGAAAAGUAAAGGUAUCAAACAAAAGCAGACCAUUCCCAAGAACCUGUUGGACUCCAAGUCCCUGAAGCUCAUCAUCAGCAUGACGCUGCACGACCGCACCACCAAGUCGCUCCUGCACCUGCACAAGAAGAAGAAGCCCCCCAGCAUCAGUGCACAGUUCCAGACGUCCCUGAACAAGCUCCUCGAGGCGCUGGGGAAAGCAGAGCCCUUUUUCAUCCGCUGUGUCCGCUCCAACGCGGAGAAGAAGGAGCUAUGCUUCGACGAGGAGCUGGUGCUGCAGCAGCUGCGCUACACGGGCAUGCUAGAGACGGUGCGCAUCCGGAGGUCAGGCUACAGCGCCAAGUACACGUUCCAGGACUUCACGGAGCAGUUCCAGGUGCUGCUGCCCAAGAACGCCCCGCCCUGCCGAGAGGUCAUCUCCGCGCUGCUGGAGAAGAUGGCCGUGGACAAGAAGAACUACCAGAUCGGGAAAACCAAGGUCUUCCUGAAGGAGCUGGAGCGGCAGGCCCUGCAGGAGACGCUGCACAGGGAGGUCGUGCGCAAGAUCCUGCUGCUGCAGAGCUGGUUCCGGAUGGCUCUGGAACGCCGGCACUUCCUGCAGAUGAAGCGAGCCGCUGUCACCAUCCAGGCCUACUGGCGCUCCUACCGAGUCCGGCAAGCGUUGGAGAGGACACGGGCCGCCGUGUUCCUCCAGGCUGCGUGGCGGGGCUGCCGGCAGCGCACAGCCUACCAGCAGCAGAGACGAGCCAUCAUCCACCUACAGAGCCUCUGCCGGGGCCACCUGCAGCGCAAGCGCUUCAGCCAGAUGGUCUCAGAGAAGCGGAAGGCGGACGAGGAGAGGGAGGCACAGCGGGCAGCACAGGAGCCCCCUGCGGAGGCCAGCGGGGAGCAGGAGCCAGAGCUGACGCCCCCGGAGGAUCCCAAGCCCCUGGCCGAGCCCGAGUCACAGCCCAGUGACGGGCCGCCGGUAGCAGGCUCUCCCGAAGAGACGGAGGCCCCCGGCCCAGAGAAGCCCCCGCCGGCCCAGAGACUUCCGAGUGACAGUCAGGAGCGAGCCCCCAGCAGCCGCGAGAAGCGGGAGUCCCGGCGGCAGAGGGGCCUGGAGCACGUGCAGUUCCAGAACAAGCACGUCCAGACCCAUAAGGAGGAGGAGGGGGCGGCCCUCCGGGGAGCUUCCCGAAAGGCAGGGCCAGAGCCCGGGGAGAACCUUCCAGAAGAGCAUAAGGAAAGCAGGGAAGAGCACACUUCCUUGGAGACAGAACUGGAGGCCAAGGGCGGGUCUCCCCCGACACCAGCCCCAGAGCAGUCACAGGACACGGUAGCCGGGGAGACCCCCCAGUACACCCGGGAGGCGAGCACAAGCGCUAGCCCUGUGGAGCGGCCCACCAGCCUGGCGUUGGACAGCAGAGCUGGGGCUCCAGAGACCCCCAGGGACAGGAGCAGGUCAGGCGACAGCUGCAGCGGCUCAGCCCAGAUCCAGCGGCACCGCGACGCAGACACGGAGCGGCUGGCCAACGCGGUGGGACAGUGGCGUGGCAAGAAGCUCCUGGCCACCACGCCCUGCCCUGUGCUCAGCCAGUCCCUAGACCUCAGCGAGCGGCACCGGCCUGCAUCCACGCCCACCGAGGAGAGGCAGAUUUCCUUAUCCACAAGCGACAUCUCCAGACUCACGUGUCUGGCCAGGACCCAGCCCUUGGCAGAAACCGUGGACGGGGAGCCCAGCUCCAAGAAGCCAGGGGUCCAGAAAAAGAAGUCGGGUGAUCUGGCCUCCAGCACAGACUCGGGGCUGUCCCCGGGCUCCCAGGUUGAUUCCAAGUCCGCCUUCAAGAGGCUCUUCCAGCAUAAGAACAGGGACAAGAAGUACAGUCUGGAGGGCCUGGAGGACGCAGAGAGCACAGCUGGCCUGGAAGCCACCACGGCGAAGAAGAAUCCAGAAGCCCCCUCCAGUCAACAGCACCGCCACCCGGCAGCUGAGAAGGCCCCCAAAGAGCCUGGGGGCAAAGGCAAGAAGAACCGGAACCUUAAGAUCGGCAAGAUCACGGUGUCGGAGAAGUGGCGGGAGUCGGUGUUCCGCAAGAUCACCAACGCCAAUGAGCUCAAGUACCUGGAUGAGUUCCUGCUCAACAAGAUCAAUGACCUGCGCUCCCAGAAGACCGCCAUCGAGAGCUUGUUCAUCGAGGCCACUGAGAAGUUCCGCAGCAACCUCAAAACCAUGUACUCCGUGCCGAACGGGAAGAUCCACGUGGGUUACAAGGACCUGAUGGAGAACUACCAGAUCGUGGUGAGCAACCUGGCGGCCGAGCGCGGUGAGAAGGACACCAACCUGGUGCUCAACCUCUUCCAGUCCCUGCUGGACGAGUUCACCCGCGGGCACUCCAAGAGCGACUUCGAGGCCCCCAAGCAGAGCAAGUCUCAGAAGAAGAAGCGGAAACAGGAGCGUGCUGUGCAGCAGCACAAUGGGCACGUGUUCGCCAGCUACCAGGUCAGCAUCCCCCAGUCGUGCGAGCACUGCCUCUCCUACAUCUGGCUCAUGGAUAAGGCCCUGCUGUGCAGUGUGUGCAAAAUGACCUGCCACAAGAAGUGUGUGCACAAGAUCCAGACCUACUGCUCCUACACGUGCGGACGGAAGGUGGAGCCAGGCGCCGAGCCAGGUCACUUUGGUGUGUGCGUGGACAGCCUGACCAGCGACAAGGCCUCAGUCCCUGUCGUGCUGGAGAAGCUUCUAGAACAUGUGGAGAUGCAUGGCCUGUACACUGAAGGCCUCUACCGAAAGUCCGGCGCCGCCAACCGCCAGCGGGAGCUGAGGAAGGCGCUGCAGGCAGACCCCACCGUGGUCAAGCUGGAGAACUACCAGAUCCACGCCAUCACGGGGGUCCUGAAGCAGUGGCUUCGAGAACUACCAGAGCCCCUCAUGACCUUCGCGCAGUACAAUGACUUCCUCCGAGCCGUUGAGCUGCCCGAACGCGUGGAGCAACUGGCUGCCAUCUACGCAGCCCUUGACCUUCUGCCUGAGGCCAACCACAACUCCCUGGAGCGCCUCAUCUUCCACCUGGUCAAGGUGGCACUGCUGGAGGAUGUCAACCGCAUGUCACCCAGCGCCUUGGCCAUCAUCUUCGCACCCUGCCUGCUACGCUCCCCCGACACGUCGGACCCGCUAACCAGCGUGAAGGACGUGCUGAAGAUUACCACGUGCGUGGAGAUGCUGAUCAAGGAGCAGAUGCGAAAGUACAAGGUGAAGAUGGAUGAGAUCAACCAGCUGGAGGCAGCUGAGAGUAUCGCCUUCCGCAGGCUCUCCCUGCUGCGGCAGAACACUCCGUGGCUUCUCAAACUGGGGUUCUCAUCUCCGUACGAGGGGGUCCUGAACAAGAGCCCCAGAGCCCAGGCGAGCGGCAGUGGCCUGGAGGAGCUGGGGGUGUUACACGAGGAGGAGGAGGCAGCGGCGGCGGCUGGUGAUGAGGAGGACCGGGAGAAGGAGCUCCUCAUGGAACGCAUCCAGUCCAUCAAGGAGGAGAAGGAGGACAUCACCUACCGCCUGCCGGAGCUGGACCCACGCGGCUCCGAUGAGGAGAACCUGGAUUCGGAGACGUCUGCCAGUACCGAGAGCUUGCUGGAGGAGCGGGCUGGGCGGGGGGCCGCGGAAGGACCCCCCGCGCCUGCUCUCCCCUGCCCCGGCGCACCCACCCCGAGCCCCCUCCCCACGGUGGCCGCGGUGGCAGCCCCUCCGCGACGCAGGCCGUCGUCCUUCGCGACGGUCCGAGUGAAGACCCCCAGGCGCACACCGGUCAUGCCCACGGCCAAUAUCAAGCUGCCACCUGGGCUGCCCAGCUGGGCGUCCGGAACCCGGGAUCCCGGGAUGCCUGUGCGGCGCCGUGAGCCGCCUGCCCGCCGCCCGGAUCUGGUGCACUCGGUGUACAGGGCUCCCGGCGCUGGACUGCCCGCGCAGGCCGCCUAUGAGAUCCUGGGCGAAGAGGAGAUGCCUCCUGGGGCCAAGCGGAGAUACUCAGACCCCCCCACCUACUGCCUGCCCCCCGCCGCAGGCCAGACCGACAGCUGAGGAUGCAGCUGGCCAGACCCAGGCAUCCACCAGCUCCAGCACCGACUGUACGGAAGGAUCCACGAGAGUUCCGAGACUGGUCGGUUAACGCAGGACCAGCCCAGCGCCUCCCCACAGGGCCGCCCAGCGGGAGGGGCUUCUUUGUCCGUAACUUUCCGUGUACGUCGUUUACAGAACUUGAAACUGUAAUAGCCUUAAUGGGAAGACCAAAUUGUUUGUUUGUUUGUUUCUUUUUUUAUAAAUAUGUUUAUGUAAAAACUUGUACUUUAACCCCACACAUCUUCCUUUAACCUGGACGCGAGUCGUCCUGCAGCAGACAGAACCACAGGCCCUUGUGGGGGCCGGACAAUGGGCCGGCGGGCCUUCCAGAGGAGGGGGACACUUGGGGCGUCUGGCUGGGUUACAGAUGUGCCCUGGCCCCGCUGGCACCGUGCGUCCUCGUGGACUGGUGGGGCCAGGCGUGGGUGGGGGUCAGGGAUCUUGGAGAUCCAGGACACCAAGCCGGGGUGGCCUCUGCCCGUGGCACCACCAGGCCUCGCCUCCCCCCGGAGUCAGGUCCCGGUGGGACAGACAUGGUCAGGACCCCCCUUCCCACCAUGCCCCCAUCUCGCUCCCAGCACCCGUGGUACAAAGGGAUUGGCCUGCCACUGGGGACCUGUGUUGGCGAGGCAUGGGUUCCACCCCCACUGGCAGUCAACAGUGGCAACUUGGGGGUUUGGGGGCAGGUCAGCACCCUCCCCAAGACUCCUGGACACGUGAAAUAAACAGUGCCUGAGA